CCUUCCUCCCGACCCCCGACGUCGGAGUGCAACCGACCCGCCGAAGUAAACAGAAGCAAAACGUCACGGGACGAGGCCGCUCUGAGUCACCGCUUCUUGUCACAUUUUCGGCCUUUGUCUGCCUCUUCGGACGGAUCUUCAAGGGGUUAUCCGAUGUGGCAAUGUCCACCUUGCCAAGCGAGAGGACUCCGCUUUUGCCCCGUCAUCCAUCAGCCAUGGAUGCCAGGGAGGCUCGGAGGCAGACGGCUGCGACGGUGGUUAUCUUGGUGGUGCUGACUCUUGAGCGCCUUGCCUACUAUGCGCUGGCGACCAACUUCUUCCUCUUCUUGAAUAAGGGGCCGUGGGACGGACAGGCAUGGGACUCCCUCGAUGCCAUGAAUGCAGUGUUUAUCCUUGCGGGCGUCUCCUACGUGUCUGCGCUGCUUGGGGGGUAUAUCUCGGAUGCAAAAUUUGGACGCUUUAAAACAAUGGUAAUGGGAUUCCUGUUGUACAUCAGUGGCUACAUUCUCCUCACCCUGAUGGCGGUGGACAGGUUGCCACGUACAGUUUGCUUCAGCGACAAGGGAUGGGGUGACUCGGGUGAUAAUGCCAAUGCUCCAUGCAAAGUUGCAGUAUACAUAUCUGUCACUAUCGUUGGUUUAGGUGUUGGCAUUGUUAAGAGCAACAUUGCACCCUUUGGGGCCGAGCAGCUGAGAACUGCGAAUCCACAAAAAACAAGGUCGUUUUUCAACUGGUUUUACUGGUGCAUCAACCUGGGUAGUUUGGUGGGAGUCGGCAUCAUCACGUACAUUGAACAAGACAGCCCGGGCAUAUGCACGAACGGUUUCUUCUGCGGUUACCUCAUUGCUACGGUGUGUCUUGUUGUGGCAUUGAUUUUGUUCAUUGUUCUGCUGCCUUGCUAUCACAUUGUCCCCCCCGGGGGAAGUGUUCUCGGAAACAUCCUCAGGAUCAUCUGGGAGUCGCUGUGUGCUCAGGUGCGGCACUGGAGGCACAGGCAUCGCAACUCCGCAGCAAGUCCCCUUCAGCUGGAACCCAGAUUUCUCGAUCGUGCGAAGAUCCGUUUCGGUGGUUCGUUCCAUGAGGCUGCUGUGGACGACGUUCGCUCGCUCGGGAAACUCCUGAAUGUGUUCACUGCUCUCAUUCCCUACUGGCUUGUUUACUUCCAGAUGGAAACUAGCUUUCAGGCCCAGGGGCUUCACAUGCGCUUUUCCAUCCACGGCGUGAACAGCAGCAAUGAGUCGGCAGUGGAGGAAGAGCUCGAGAUUGAGAGGACGAAAUUCAGCAUACCAGCGGCUUGGCUUACGCUCUUCAACCAGCUGUUCCUCAUCGCAGCCAUUCCAGUCCUUACCAGCUUCCUCUAUCCUAUUUUGGAUAAGUCUGGUAUCAGGGUGUCAAUGCUGUUUAGAAUAGGUGUUGGGAUGGUGUUCAGUAUCCUGGCAGUUAUGACGGCUGGGGGUUUGGAGACAUACAGAACAUACCUGUGGAGAACUGACAACUCCUCGCAUAUUGAGCAAGUGAUUGGGAAUGUGACAUACCAUGCUGUCAACAUGUCAAUAUUCUGGCAGGUUCCUCAGUACGUUUUAGUUGGAGCAGCUGAACUGUUUGCAAGCAUUGCAGGUUUGGAGUUUGCCUACGCUGCUGCGCCACGUUCCUUCCAAGCUAUGAUUAUGGGCUUGUUUUACACCAUGGAGGGGAUUGGCUCUCUCCUGGGCACGGCGUUACUUCACCUUGUCAGUCCUUUUUGGCUCAGCAAUAUGACUGACUAUGGGAAUAUCAAUGACAACCAUUUGGAUUUCUACCUUUAUUUCCUUGGGAUUCUUCAGUUUACUACCUUCUUAGUUUAUUGUGGUGCCCUUUACAUGCAAAAGUUUUCUCUGAGACCCAUAGCUAUGCCACCGUCGAGAAGAAGACGUCCCACCGAGCCCUUCGCAGGCGACCAGGGUGCAGGUGGUGUAGGCUUGAUA